CAAUUUUCUUUUGAUCAACAUGUCUUUAUCAGCGGUAUCUUUUGCGAUUCGUGCGCCAGAUUUACUAGUUCUGAAUUCAUCUGCGCAACAACUGGUAAUGGAGGACUCCCUGUCUAAUUGCUAGCGUAAAAAUAAACACAUAAGUUUCCUAUUCAUCCAGAGAUCUGUAGACAAUUUUGUGGGCUUUGGAUUAAAGGAAUUUUCACUAUUGAACAUGAACUAAGCGAAGAUUUUAUACACGGAAAUUUUUUCAGUUUUCUACUAUCGUUUGCUUCGAUCAAGAAAAUUCAUAGCUAACACUUCUUUGAAUCAAGAUGUUUCACAAGGGAGGACCUGGAAAACAAAGAGGUUUUGGUUUUGGAGGAUUUUCUCUAGCAGCAAAGAAAGAAGAUCCCCUCCCAGCUAAUAUAGGGAGCGGCAUGCCCGUCAGUAGAUCAGGUGGAAGUGCAAAGAAAAAUCAUUCAUCCCAUGGCCAGGGAUUCCACGAUACUUCAUCGUUUCCUUUGCCAGGAGCCAGGAAACCAAUCUUUGUCGAUAGUGAUAAUGAGGAUGAUGAGACAAAAUUUGUUGAUGAUGAUGAUGAAAGUGAAGACAUACCAUCCAGUCGCAAAUUGGAUGAUGAUGAUGAUGAGGAGGAUGAGUUGGACAAAUUCAUGGCAGGAAUACAGAAUGAAGUGCAGAAGGAAGCAAACUUGUCUGCAAAGGAAAAAAGCGACAAAGACAAGAAAAAGAUCAGAAGAGAUGACAUUGAGGAGGAAGAUGAUCAGGAGUCAUAUUUCAAUUACAUCAAGAACGCUCCUGUUAUUGCGUAUCCUGAUGAUGAGGAAGAAAUAGAGUAUGAUAGUGAUGGAAAUCCUAUUGCUCCGGAGAAGUCCAAGAUUAUUGUACCACUUCCAGCUGUGGACCACUUUGAGAUUGACUACCCACCUUUCGAAAAGAACUUCUACAUUGAGCAUACGGAAAUUGCUAAACUAACCAACCAAGAUGUUCAGGAUUUAAGGAGAAAGUUAGGAAUGAAGGUGUCAGGUGCUCAGCCUACAAAGCCAUCCAUCAGUUUUGCACAUUUUAGCUUUGAUGAACAGCUCAUGGGUGCAAUCAGGAAGUCUGAAUACACACAGCCAACACCGAUCCAGUGUCAGGCAAUCCCUGUGGCACUUAGUGGACGAGACAUCAUAGGCAUUGCUAAAACAGGUUCUGGUAAGACUGCCGCCUUCCUGUGGCCAGCACUGGUUCAUAUCAUGGACCAACCUGAGUUGGAGCCUGGUGAUGGACCCAUUGCCCUCAUCUGUGCACCUACCAGAGAACUUUGCCAGCAGAUCUUUGCUGAAGCUCGACGGUUUGGAAAAGUUUACAACAUCCAUGCUGUGGCUGUGUUUGGCGGAGGCAACAAAUAUGAGCAGUCAAAAGCUCUUCAGGAAGGAGCAGAAAUUGUUGUUGCUACUCCAGGUCGUCUAAUUGACCAUGUGAAGGCAAAGGGCACAAACUUAAAAAGAGUUACAUAUCUGGUCUUUGAUGAAGCUGACAGGAUGUUUGACAUGGGAUUUGAGCCGCAAGUGAGGUCGAUCGCAAAUAACGUUCGUCCCGAUAGACAGACCUUGCUCUUCAGUGCCACAUUUAAGAAAAAAGUUGAGAUGCUGUGUCGGGAUAUCUUGACAGAUCCUAUUAGAGUUGUGGUGGGAGAACUUGGCGAGGCAAAUGAAGAUGUAACACAGAUCGUGGAGAUCUUACCAAGUAUCAGUGAUAAAUGGACAUGGCUAACAAGGCAUUUAGUCUCUUUCACAUCAGCUGGAAGUGUCCUCAUCUUUGUGACCAAAAAGGCCAACAGUGAAGAACUUGCAUCAAAACUCAAAACCAAAGAUUUUGAAGUGGUGUUAUUGCACGGAGAUAUGGAUCAAUUCGAGAGAGACAAAGUCAUCAACUCAUUCAAGAAACAAGAGAUCCCAAUUCUAGUAGCGACUGACGUAGCAGCCCGUGGCUUGGACAUUCCGUCAAUUAAAACUGUCAUUAAUUACGACGUGGCACGUGACAUCCACACGCACACACACCGGAUUGGUCGGACUGGCAGAGCAGGGGAAAAGGGUGUAGCUUACACCCUUCUCACGUCAGCAGAUCAAAAUUUUUCAGGGGAUCUUGUGCGAAAUUUGGAAGGAGCUAAUCAAGUGGUUCCUGAGGCUCUGAUGGAGAUGGCACUGAAGAAUGCUUGGUUUAGGAAGUCUCGUUUUCGACAAGGCAAGGGAAAAGCCAGUGGAAGGGAAGGAAGACCGCGCAUGCGUGAGAGGCCUGGCCUAGGAAUGCAUGGAUCGUCGGGAAACCAAGCCGGUGAUGGCAGAGGAGCGCAGUAUUCGUAUGCAGAAUCUUCGUACCCACAAUCGUCUUUCGUAUCGUCGACGUCCUCAAAAACAUCUUUUCGUCCGUCGUCAUCUUCGGCCUCGGGAGGAGUGUUCGGCUCUUCAGCAAGAAAUGAUCGGACCUCGGCUCUCAAGGCUGCUUUUCAGGCCCAGUACAAGUCUCACUUUUGCGCUGCAUCUUCCUCUGCGUCGAACACAUGGGACGCUACAAGUCAUCACAGUACGGCUAAACCCCCUGACAGGCCACAAUCGUCAAAACCACAAAAACCGGCCGUCAAGAAAUCCCGUUGGGACCCAGCUUAGGAACAUACACGUUCACACUCUGAGAUUUCAUGGUUUUCUGUGGAUUUUGUUCUACAUUUGGGCUCAGUUGUCUAGAAGAGAAACAUAUAUGUGUUAGUUAUUUAAGAUUCAAAAAGGCUAAGAACACAGUAUUUUUUUUCUCUGUUUUCAAUGGAGUCCCUUGACUCUCUUCGUGACUCGAAGGGGGGACGUUUGCAGCGUAACUUAACAACUUGCCUCGUGAACACGAAAAUUGUCACUUGCUACGGAUAAUGCUCAGGUUGGUCACGCUUAAUGUAGUUUGCUGUUUCUUUAACCCUUUAAAACCCCUAAGAGUGAUUAGCAUCUAAUUUCUCCCUACAAUAUCAACCCCUUAAUCAAACAUUA